UUGCUAACUGCUACUGUCUUAAAAGCAAGGUCCAACGAGCUUGUGAGUCUGAGUUGGAUCAAGGGUCUCUUGUGCUUUAUUUUUCAGUAUCAAAUCAACAUGAUGAAUCUUGAACCUUUUGUUGCAGUUGUCCUUGCUUUGUACUUGCUGAAAUUUUUGUACUCAGUUCUUUGGGUCCCAUGGAAAAUCCAGUGCCACUUUCAGAAGCAAGGGAUAGAUGGCCCUGGCUACCGUCCGAUUUUCGGGAACAUGUCUGAGACUCGACGGUUGCAUAUAGAAGCUAAAUCAGAGGCAACCCCGUUUGAGCAUGACAUCUUAAAACGUGUGCUUCCAUUCUACCACAGAUGGAGUUGCAUGUAUGGUAAAACAUUCCUUUGCUGGUUUGGGUCAACGCCCCGUUUGGCUAUAUCAGACCCUGACAUGAUCAAGGAGGUGUUGGUGAAUAAGGGUGGGGAGUAUGAAAGAGUUCCCUAUAACCCAUUGGCUAAGUUGCUUUUUGGAAAGGGGCUUGUGGGGUUGAAGGGUGAUCAAUGGACAAUUCACAGAAGGAUGAUAAGAAUGGCCCUCAACAUGGAGCUUGUUAAGGGAUGGGUGCCAGAUAUUGUGGAGAGUGUGACAAAGAUGCUGGAGAAAUGGGAAGAUCAAAGAGGAGAACAAGAUGAAGUUGAGAUAGAUGUGCACAGAGAGUUCCAUGACCUUUCAGCAGAGUUUAUAUCAAGGACUGCUUUUGGCAGCAGUUAUGAAGAGGGCAAGCAUAUUUUCAAGUUACAGGACCAGCAAUUGCAUCUUUUCUUACAGGCAAACAUGAAUGUCUAUAUCCCUGGAUUUAGAUAUUUGCCGACUAAGAAGAAUAGGGGUAGGUGGAGACUUGAUAAAGAAACACAUGAAUCAGUUCGCAAGCUGAUUGAGACCAAGAGAAACAUGAGGGAAAGAAAUUUACUAAGUUCAUUGAUGAGUUCCUACAAGAAUGAAGUUGGUGGAGAAGAUAAGUUAGGGGACGAAGAAAUUAUAGAUGAAUGCAAAUCCAUUUACUUUGGUGGAAAAGAGACAUCAGCUAAUUUAUUGACAUGGGCCCUUCUGCUAUUAGCAAAACAUCAGGAAUGGCAGAGUAAAGCGCGUGAAGAAGUUCUCCGAGUCAUUGGACACGAUCCACUUCUGGUUGCAGACAGUUUAAAUGACCUUAAGAUUGUUAGCAUGAUAAUUAAUGAAACACUUCGGCUCUAUACGCCGGCUGCAAUGUUGAUGAGGCGAACCACUAAAAAUGUGAAGUUAGGGAGCAUUGAAGUCCCUGCUAAGACUCAACUCAUCAUGGCAUUGACUUCUCUGCAUCAUGACAGUGAAAUCUGGGGAGAAGAUUGUCAUAAGUUUAAUCCAAUGAGAUUUAGCGAACCUCAGAAACAUUUAGCCGCAUUCUUUGCUUUUGGAUUAGGCCCUCGAAUCUGUGUUGGGAAAAAUUUGGCAAUAGCUGAGGCAAAGAUUACUCUUGCUUUGAUCAUUCAGCGAUAUACUUUUAUGGUAUCUCCAAGUUAUAGACAUGCUCCUACACUAGUUAUAAGUGUGCAGCCUGAAUAUGGUGCACAAAUCCUCUUCAGAAGGAUUUCUUAUUGAUGUUUGUUAUUCCCUUUCCCUUUGACAUUGUUUCUUUUGUCUUGUUAUCAUCCAGAUUCCAUAGCAUUCAUCUAGCCACUGCAAUAUUUUUCGCUUUCACCUACAGUUGAAAGUGUACCCUACGAAUGUGUUUCCAAAAAGUAUAGGCAUUUUUCAACCGUUCAAUAUUCAUAGGGCUACAGCUUUUCGAUA